AGCGGCUUCGGAAACCCAUAAUUUGUUUUCUGGAUUUAUUUUAUUAAUUUCUUGAUAAAAUAAUCCAACCAAAGCGGUAUCAAAAAGAAAUAAACAAAAAAAAAAAGAAUAACACAGUUGCAAAGGACAAGAAGACUCAUACAAAAUAAAAGAUAAUUAAAUCAACAGGGUGACCCGAAGAAAAUAAAAAUAAUUAAAUUAAAUUUGUAAUUUGCAAAAAUUAAUUAAAUUUUGUUAUAAACCAUUAGAAAAGUGUUACAGUGACCCAAAAAACGUAAAGUGACCCGCACAGUGGAACAGAAGUGGAAAAAAGUGGAAUUUCAAAAAUUAUAAAAAAUCAAAAAAUUUUAAAUUCUACAAAAAUUGCAAAAGGCGCCAACACACAAUUCUGGACCCAAGCCAAGCGCCCACCUACACACACACACACAUACACACACAUCAAAAAAGAAGCUUCAAAAUAAUGGCCGGAUAUUUACCUCGCCCAGAGUCCCCACGACCCGCCAGACCCACACGCCCUCGCUUCGACCCACGGGAACCCAGGUAUCGCCCCGCAUCUUGGCAGUAUGCCUGUGGCCUCUGCCAGGAGGACCACGCCAUACGGUCAUGCCCGCGGUUCCGGCAAAUGACACCGUAUCAGAGAUACGAGACAGUUGAGAGACGGAGUUACUGUCGGAACUGUCUGGCGCGCAGCCAUCUGGCCCCAGACUGCCCCGUGGUCACUGCCUGCCGAACAUGCGACUACCGCCAUCACACAAUGCUGCAUGGAGCCCCACAGCUUAGGGAGACAUAUGGCAGCUACAGCCCGCCCCCAAUGGAGAUUGCCAACCCACGGCAACUUGCAAUCGAACCAGCCAACCAGAUGCCCAUCGUCCAAGGCCCUCCCCCGGUCGAGAUACCUUACAGCCGGGCCACUGUUUUUGUACCCACGGCGAUGGUGGAAUUGGCACCCGAGGAGCAGGACGAUUGGGCUGGGGUACGGGUACUUUUGUGCCAGGCAUCGACCAUCACCCGAAUCGCGGCAGCCACAGUAACUCGCCUGGGGAUACCAACGAGAGAGCGCAGAGGGCACCGUCUGGCAACAAUAAGACUUCGGUCAAGGCAUGCGUCGAGGAGGACCAUGUAUACCAUCCGGGCAGUGGUGACCCGGGAUUUGCCGCGACGACCCUAUUCAGAUCCCAUCAUUCCCGACCCCACAAGCAGCCUAAGAUCCCUUUCUUUGGCAGAUGCUGACCCUAGAGGCAACGAACCAAUCGAUGUAGAGGUAGGGGCCGAUGCCUACGCCCACCUCCGGAGGAGUGGUGUUUUACAACCCGGAUUGGGAGCCGUCUUCGCCCAGGAGACAGAUUGGGGAUACGUGUUCGUCGGCCCAGUCACCUCACAGGCAAGAAACCAAAAUUAAAAAGGUAAGAUGUCACUUCGUCACUUGGAGGGGGAGAAUGUUCAAGGUACGUUUGAACAUGAAGUCAUGUGCACCCAUGUGCAGACAUGCGUUCACGUAUGCACAUGACCCACUGUGCAUAACGGUACAUUGAAGUAAGUUCUUAAUCGCUGAUUCCGCCUUGAUUUCAUAUUUGUUUACCUGGAAUUGUUGCUUGUAGCUUGGAAAGUUGACCGUUUUCGCGGGGUCCAAGUGACAAGCAACAACCAGAAAAAGAUCAGUCUCGUUUUAAAUCUCAAACCCGCGCAUCGUAUUCUCUCCCCCUCAAAGUGAAAACCCAAGUGAAGUGAAAAGUAAAAAGUGAACAUACAUACAAACAUAUAUAACUAGAGUGAACAUUGCAACAAUAAACUUUGAAACAGUGAACUAAUAUAUUUAAC